AGACACAGACGCACAGAAACGCAAGCUGCCAGCCAUUUUCCCGAGUAUAUCUCUAUUUAUUUCACCCAGAAUCUGCUGAGCCUGAGCAAAACCUGAAGAAAGUCUCUCAGCGGUGGGUGACCCAGGAAUGAGAAGAGAUGGACUCAGAGUCGCCUUUGAAGCUUGGAACUUCUGCAAUGAGGUUGGCAAAGAAGCUCCUGGCAUGGGAAGCCCAAGAGCGGCUGACUGCUUUGAUCUAUCGAGUAAUCCCAAACACAGAAGAAGAUCACAUAGACUUGAGAACAUACUCAGCAGGGAAGGCUAUCCUUUGAUUGAUCACAAAGUGAGCGAGGCUGAUAACAAACUUGGCGUGGGGAAGCCAUUCCCAGGUUUGACACCCAACGCUGCCAACAAUCCCGAUCUCUACGCAGCGGAGAAGGAGCUGUAUCUGGGUUCUCUAUGUCAAGUUACGGACACCCCAAAUCCAUGGCAGUUUUGGAUGGUGAUGUUGAAAAAUGGAAACUAUGACACAAAGUCUGGUUUGUGUCCAGAGAAUGGGAAAAAGGUACCACCUUUUAAUCCGGGGAGAUUUCCUUGCUUUGGAGAUGGGUGUAUGAAUCAACCCCUCUUGUACCAUCAACCCACGAGCUUAUCUGGUAAUGGUACAAUAUUGAGAGGAGGUUUCAAUGGCACCUAUGAUUUGAGUCCUCCUGGCCCUGGCUCUAGUACUACUGCUGUUGUUGGGCUUUCUUAUUUUGAGGUUGUGUGGGAGAAGGAAGUUGGUGUUGGGAGUUGGGUUUUCCGAAAUAAACUCAAGACCUCAAAAUUGUAUCCAUGGCUUAUGCUGUAUCUAAGAGCUGAUGCAACCAAAGGGUUCUCUGGAGGCUAUCACUAUGACACCAGAGGAAUGCUCAAAACUCUUCCAGAGUCGCCUAAUUUUAAGGUCAGGCUGUAUUUGGACGUGAAGCAAGGGGGAGGGCCUAAGAGCCAGUUCUACCUGAUAGACAUGGGCAGCUGCUGGAAGAACAAUGGUGCUUCCUGUGAUGGAGAUGUGCUUACUGACGUAACCAGAUACAGCGAGAUGAUCAUCAACCCUGAAACUCCAGCUUGGUGCAGCCCCACGAAUAUUGGCAAUUGUCCUCCUUAUCAUAUCACUCCAAACGACACUAAAAUUUACAGGAAUGACUCUGCCAACUUCCCUUAUUCGGCUUAUCACUACUACUGUGCUCCUGGGAAUGCCCAGCACCUGGAAAAACCAUACAGCACUUGUGAUCCUUAUAGCAAUCCUCAAGCACAAGAACUGGUCCAGUUGCUGCCUCAUCCAAUGUGGGCCGAGUAUGGCUAUCCAACUAAACAAGGUGAUGGCUGGAUUGGGGAUGCAAAAACCUGGGAGCUUGAUGUUGGUGGCCUUUCUAGUAGACUCUACUUUUAUCAGGAUCCAAGCAGCCCUCCUGCUAAAAGAGUGUGGACAUCUCUUGAUGUGGGAACUGAAAUUUUUGUUAGUGACAAAGAUGAAGAGGCAGAAUGGACUUUGAGUGAUUUUGAUGUUAUUCUGACUUCCCCAGCUGCGUAACUAAUAGAGACAGAUUUUGCAUAGCUAGUUUUCUGCAUUAGGCAACAGAAGAAGAUUUGUCAUGCAUUUGCCAAUAUGCAUGCAUGCAUGCAUGCUGCUGUUGAAGAGUUGUGGUUUAAUUAGAAGAAGCCAAAACAAGCCCAAAGGGCCGGCCAGCUUCAUCACCCUUGCCUUGAGAGUUUCUUGACUACAUUGGCCUCUCCUCUUUGAAGUUGUUCGACGGAAUGCAUAGUAAAUAUGGUCAGACAAGAAGAAGCCAAGCCACACACUGACACUGGUUCUGGAUUGGGAGGCAUGCAGUAGCCAAGCCAACUAGGUUCUUUGCUUUAUGUUAUUGCCUGUACCUCUUCUUCUGUUUCCAAUUUGAAGCAACAGAGUAGCCAAUAAUUGUGCACCUUUAACUAUAAUGGUCGAUGUGAAAAUUGGAUCAUGUGAUCAAUGAUAUUGUG